AUGAAUCACCAUAAUACGGAUCACUCAAAUUCUCCCGGCACAAUAUUUGAUAUCAAACAACAUUCUCUUAAUAAUAGGCCAAUAAUUGAAAGGCCAAAUACUCCAACCUACGCAAGAAAUGUCACUAGACAUUUAUCUGAACUUGAACCUGAUACUACUGCUUUAUGGGGCUGGAUCCUUUUAUUCACUGUUUAUUGUAUUUUUAUAGGUAGUAUGUAUGCAAUAGUUGUAAGUAAAUUUAUGCCCGAAACUGGAAAUAAAACCUUAGAUUGGAUUAAAAUAGAUGAAUAUUAUUGCCUUCUUAUUCCAAUUACUUUGCUUGUAACUAUUCAUGCAAUAUUUUGGAAUUGGUUGGGCAUGAAAUUUUUUAGACAUAACUAA